AUGUGGACGAGCGUCAUCUACUUCGCUUAGGUCAUGGUGAAGAAGAAUUAAAUACUGAACUAAGUUUUAGUAAAUAUGGUCGUGUUAACUCAUUUUUGGAGAAACGACUCGCGCUGCUUUCUGAAGUAGAUCGUCUUUCUCAGUCAUUAGAAAUUGGUGGUGAGCAUGGAUACACAUGUGAAACUGCCGGAUACUUUUAUUUGUAUCACGUUUUAUCAAGAUGGGAACCUUAUAUAGAUAAAUGUAGACAAGGAUUAGAGAAUGGCAAUAUCAGUGUAGAGACAAUAAGAAACGAAUUUCCUUUUAGUAAUUACUUUUGUAAUGCUCCACAACCACUCUUUCCAGAAGAUGCUAAUUAUGCUGAAACACUAGAGAUUGCUGAGGGAUGCUUUCGACAUAUCGAAAAGAUUUUUACAGAGCUUGAAGAAAUUCGUGGAUUCGAGUUAUUGCGAACAAGUUACGAUAGAGCUAAUUAUUUGUUAACUAAAGAAGCUAAAAUCAUUGCAAUGACUUGUACGCAUGCAGCACUCAAGGCAAAUGGUCGAAAACAUUUUGGAAGGUGGUAUAUACCCAAAGAAAAAAUUUUAAUGCAACGACGCGAGCUAUCUUUAUUGGCAUUCAAAUAUGAUAAUGUCGUGAUGGAAGAAGCAGCUCAAAUAUUAGAAGUGGAGACUUUUAUCCCUUUACUUUUGCAAGAAACUGAAGAUGGCCGAAGUAGAUUAAAAAGAGUAGUGAUGAUUGGAGAUCAUAAUCAAUUACCUCCUGUUGUUAAAAAUAUGGCAUUCCAGCAAUACGGCAAUAUGGAGCAGAGUUUAUUUACUCGAUUUGUCAGGCUCGGAGUUCCUACUGUUGAUUUAGAUGCGCAGGGUCGUUCGAGACCGUCAAUUGCGAAAUUGUACAAUUGGAGAUAUAAAAAUUUGGGAGAUCUACCGUCUGUUACUGAACAAGAGGAAUACAAAUAUGCAAAUUCUGGAUUUACCUACGAUUAUCAAGUAAUAAAUGUCGACAAUUAUAUGGGCAAAGGUGAGACCGAGCCCGUCCCAUAUUUCUAUCAGAAUCUCGGAGAAGCGGAAUUCAUUGUUGCGGUGUAUCAAUAUAUGCGAUUAUUAGGGUACCCAUCGGAUAAAAUUUCCAUUUUGACUACGUAUAAUGGACAAAAAGCUUUAAUAAGAGACGUAUUAAAGCAACGGUGUUCUUGGAAUCCUUUGUUUGGCCGUCCAGCCAAAGUGACCACUGUUGAUAAAUUUCAAGGACAGCAGAACGACUAUAUUCUUUUAUCUUUGGUACGAACAAAGUCUGUUGGACAUAUUCGAGACGUAAGACGUCUUAUUGUUGCAAUGUCUCGUGCUCGAUUGGGAUUAUAUGUUUUCUGUCGUCUUGCUUUAUUUAAAAACUGUUAUGAAUUGACACCGACAUUCGAUGAAUUGUUAAAACGCCCUACUAAGUUGAGUCUGAAGAUUAACGAGAUGUGGCCUUCAAAGAGAAAUGUCGAGGACAAUGGUGACUCAUAUGAAGUAUCUGACGUAGAACAUAUUGGGAAGUAUGUAUAUCAAAUGAUGCAAGAGCAGUUGGCGUAUGCUAAGCAACAAAAAGCGAAAUCGGAAGAUACAUCUGACGAAAUGAGAGAAUCAGAAUAA